CUCAAUUGGAUGAAGAACUCCCACCCAUUUUCUAGGGUUUCAUCUCCAGUGGAAGUUGGGGGAGUGCGCCCCGUCCAAGAUCAUGCUCAAUUCUAUACGCUUCUCUCCCCAAUCCCAUCUCCUCCGCUUCUUCUGCAAGAGCUCUGCUUCAGACAUGGAGAGAUACAAAGAAGCAUUCGCCCGGAGGAUGGCCUUGGCUGGCUUGAAACCACAUCAUCGGAUAGCUUUGGGGGUUUCUGGUGGGCCUGAUAGCGUGGCGCUGUGUGCGAUGACGGCGGGAUGGAAAUUGGAUGGUUUGAUUGAGAGAGAUGAGGGUUCGAAGUUCAUUGAUGGGCUUUUGGGGAUCGUUGUUGAUCAUAGGUUGCGGGCUGAGAGUGCAGAAGAGGCGAUUUUGGUCAGAGAAAGGGUGUCCAAGAUGGGUAUUAAGUGUGAGAUUAGGUGUUGUGAUUGGGCUGAAGGGAGGCCGAAGCAAGGUCACUUGCAAGAGGCCGCUCGUGAGAAGAGGUAUGAAAUUUUUCAGGACAUUUGCCUUGAGCACCAAAUUGGAGUUUUGCUUAUUGCGCACCAUGCUGAUGAUCAGGCUGAACUAUUGAUUCUAAGACUAUCUCGCAAUAGUGGAGUCUUUGGCCUUGCUGGCAUGCCAUUCACAUCACAAUUAUUCCCUACAAACUUGCAUUAUACUGGAGGAAAUUGGGGCACGAAUGGGAUUCUAAUGGUGCGACCACUGUUAGAAUUUGGAAAAGAUGACAUGUACAAGAUAUGUGAAGGUGCUAAUCAACCAUUUGUGGAGGAUCCCACUAACCAAAGUAAAUUAUUUGCUCGGAAUCGGAUACGCUUAUCAUUAAGAAGUAUGCCAUCAUGUGUUUUCAAAUCAGAAAUCCAAAUGCUUAUCUCUGCUUGCCGGUUAACACGUUCAUUUGUUGAAAGUGCUUGCUUCAAAAUGAUAAAGGAGAAUGUUGCUGUGAUGGAUCAUGGAUACGCCAUCAUUGAUGUAGAGAAGUUAGAACCAUCAAAUGUGGACGAUCUUUGUCUAUCAAAGUUUUUGUCAAUGGUUUUGCAGUUCAUCUCCCAAAGGCAUCGUCCAGUCCGUGGUGGUACUACGCAAUUGUUGCUGGAUUACAUUCGUGCAGUCCCUUGCAAGACCUCCCUUACUGUAGCAGGUUGCUACAUCUCUCCAGCUCCAAGAUCUAAAGGCUUGAAGGUCCUGAUCUCUUGCUCUGUUGAUUCCCCUCAAUCAUCAAGGAUGAGGUUAUCUUAUACAUAUCCUUUACUUGAGCGGCAGCCUUCGUUUGUUAGAGAAGUAGAUGAAAUUAUUAUGGAUGCAAAGUCAUACUCUGAUCAAUCAGUCUCAGAUGACUCUAGUGUGCCAUUUUUGCAUUCUAAAUCAUCUAAAGCAUUCUUAGCUGAAGCGAAGAAGCUUGAUCUUAUCAGUGAAUCAACUCUUGCAAGCAUUCUUUCAUUGCAGACAGAAGAAGCUAAGAAUUUCAAUCUAAAGGCAGAAGUUGAUACUGACAACAAUUUGAACUAUAAGAUGAAGUCUGGCAAUGCUACUAAUAUAGAAAUCUAUCCCGGUCUUUCAUGCCAUUUUAUGAGCAGAUUUUUAGUUACAUGGAAACUUUUCAAAGAUGUUACUAAAGAUGAAAUUGAUUCAAGCCUUGGUGGUUCUCAUUUAAGCAGAAAAGAUGAUGACAGUCAUCAAUGUUCAUUUUGUAAUACCAAUCUGGAGAGAGUACUUGUGACCCGCCAUAUGGUUGAUUCUGAUUGGUUGUAUCUUGCACAAGUGUCUGAAAGUAAUCGGGUGAAAGAGCAUCAACAUCAUGUAGACCACUCAAUUUGUAAAUUGAAGCUGAAUGAACCAGCAGAUGAUCAAUGUAUUCCUUAUAUGCAAUUAUCAGCACAGAAAGCUCUUCGGGCAUUAAAAUCUAUUCCAGUUUCUGCAAGAAAGGCAUUGCCUGUGCUUGUCGAUUCUCAUGAUUUACCAGUGAGCAUACCGAGCAUCGGCUUUCAGUGCUGCCCUUACUUGUUAGUUGAUGUUGUCUUCAAGCCAAGAAUACCUCUUGGUGGAGGCUAUGCUUCUUACAUCUGAAACCUAAUGAGACCAAGAAUUCAAUCUUCAAUUUGCAAAGUAUUCUUCGUAAUUGAUCAUUGCCUCUUCUGUCAUCCUUAAUCUGCAUUCCUGCAUUGUCACCUCGGAGCAUGCAAUGAACACAAGCAAGGACAUAAAACGGUACAUUGCUUACCUUAACAUUGUAAUGCAUUUCUCUUGGUGCUUCCUGGAAAUUCUUAUCAAAAGCUACUGAAUUUUUUUAUUGGCACCCCAAGGAUUUCAUUCUCAUUGUGCAAAUCUGGGAGUACUUAAUUGAGUCGGUUUUCUUCUGCCUUUCACUAGAUUCGGUGCUCCUACUUGCGUAGCUUCUUUCGAUUAUUCAGAUGGAAAGCAAAAUCUGUGUAUGUGAAACCAUGUAUAUAAAACAAUUCAAUACAAAAUGUCCCUUAUUUGAUGAAAUAGCAUUUGUAAGUGACUGAGCUUAACUGUUUAGAAACUAUUUGGUCAAUGCAGGAACCAUAAA